AUGUUUAGUCCAAAAACUACAAAACAAAUCAAUAAACUUGAAGAAAUUGAUGAAAUAUUGCAAAUUGUAAGACAUGAACUUCAACCAGAAAUUGAAAAGAGGAUUGAACAAGAAACUUUAAAAUGUUUAAAGAGAAAGUAUCCAGAUCAGAUUCAAAAGAUUAAUAAAAAAUCAAGAGUUAAAAAAGCAAAAGUUAUUAUUUUAAUAGGUGGAAUCGGAGUUGGAAAGACUAUAUUUGAAGAAAAAUUUGCAAAAUAUCUAGAAGAUGAAGGAUUUAGAGUAUACUGUCCUAUUGAGACAUCAUUGAAAAUAAAACGUGAAUUAGAUUUAUUCUAUAAAAAUAUUAAGG